AUCAACAAACUUAGAUAAAUUUAAAAUAAAUUUAAAAAUCAAUAGACUAAAAAAAAUAUCAAUAAAAACGCGAAUUUUAAAAUUCGUUUUUAAAAAAAUGUUGACAUAUCCGUAUAUUUAAUAUUUUUUUAUUUAUUUAUAUUUUUUUUUACUUAGAUAUUUAAUUAAAAGUGUCAUAGAAACAUAAAAACUAAUUAAUCAUAGUGUCGAAUUAUUUAUCAUUAAAAUUAUAAAAAAAACAUAAGAAUGGAUGGAGUUAAAAGUGAAGAUGAUAGUCAGCGAACUAUCAACGAGGGCGAUUGGCUCUGUCCUGAUUCCCAGUGUGGAAAUGUUAACUUUGCCAGACGCAAUUCCUGCAAUCGCUGUGGAAAGGAUAGAGGCGAGUGUUCAAAGAAGAAAAAACUCGGUCAAGAAAUAGGUAAAGUUGCUGCUGAAAAAAGUCGCGGGUUAUUUAGUGCCGAUGAUUGGCAGUGUAGUAAAUGUGGGAACGUUAACUGGGCAAGAAGACAACAAUGUAACAUGUGUAAUGCGCCGAAAUUUGGCGAAGUUGAAGAACGAACUGGUUACGGAGGCGGCUACAAUGACCGCGGGGUAGUCGAGUACAAAGAGCGACGAGACGACGACGACGACGAGUACGACGAGUUCGGUCGACGGCGUAAAAAAAGAAAAAUCGAUCGCUCCGAUGACGACUCAAAGGACUCCAAGUACAGUAGCCCCCCCAGAAGUAAAUCUAAAGACAGUACCGAUAAAAUAGUCGACGAGCCCGAACUCCGUGAAGUCAAAAAUAAUUUUAAUGAAGAAGAUAAUGAGGACGAAGAUGAUGAUGAAGAAGGCGAUUUAUCAAAAUAUGAUUUGAGUGAAUGGGAUGAUUUUGUACCAGAAAAAAAAAGUACCAAUGGUAGUGCCAAUUAUUCUGACCAACAGCCUUCAAGGUGAAAAGGAAGCUGACGGAGCUCGAAAAAUGCCACAAGCUUUGAUGAUUAAUUAAUUAAUUAAUUGAUAGAUAAUAAAUAUUUUAAAUGGUUAUAUUAUAUAUUAUAUAUAUAUUUGAUCGCAGAGACUAUUAUUUGAAUUAGAUCGUAUUUGUGUAAAAACUUUAAGUAUGAUUAUUAAUUUGAGCAGCUUACGCGCGUUAAUUUAUCGAUGUGAUAUUUUAACAGUCGACACUCUAAUAUAUUUAUUUAAAUAUAUAAGGAAAAAAUAUAUAGACUAAUGAAGAUUAAAAUAUUAGAGUGUGCAGUGAUAUUUAAAAUAAAUAACAUAAAUCAAUAGAAACUUUUUUUUAUAA